ACACACGACUCAGCUUGAUAUAUAUUUGGCGAUCCUCAAUUCCUCAUUAUAGGCAUGCCAUGGAGCUCACGUAUCACUCUAUCUUCAUCACCAUCUUUCUUCUGUUCCUGCUUACCACACCUUUCUUUGCAAAAGGUACUGGAAUAUCAGAGAUGGUAGAUAGUACUACUGAGGUUUAUGAAAUCGACUACAGAGGCCCAGAGACUCACUCAUCAAUUCCACCUCCUGGACACUUACAUGGGAAGAAGAAGCCUUCGCCUUCGCCUAGUGUGAUCCACAAAGAAAGCGUCACGGGGAGUCCCAAAUCUAAAAGGUUUAGGGGUGGCAACUAUUAUAUGGGAAGAAAGGCGAAGAAUAUACAUGGAUGAUCGAUCAGUACGUUAUAUAAGUUUAAGUGUCGCCAGUUAAUGGUUCAUUUUAGUACAUGGACUGAGAUUCAUCAUGAAUUAAUAGCUAUGAUGGAAUAACUAUCUUU